AUGAGCAGUGAGUCCCGUGGGAAAGGUUCUGGACGUGGAGGCAGUGGCUUUCAGAGGUGGAGAGGAAGAGGAGGAUGGCAAGGGAGAGGAAAAGGUCGUGGACAGAGAGGAGACUGGAAAAAUGCUGCUGGAAAGGCCAUUUCUGCUCCUCCUCAGCUCAUUCAGACAACAUUGGAUCAGGUUACCACUUAUAAAGGUUGGAAACUUUAUUUCUUUGAAGCAUAUGAUGACAAAUCUCCUUUUGUUCAGAAGACUGAAGCAUUUGAAAAGUUUUUUAUGCCUCGAAUAGAGCUUUAUGAUAAGGAUGAAAUAGAAAGAAAAGGAAGUAUUCUUGUGGAUUAUAAAGAGCUGACAAAUGAUAAAGAAUUAGUGGAAUCAAUACCUGAUAUUGCUUCUGAAUUCAGGGAAAUGCCUCAGAAAAUAUUGGACUGCAUGGGCCUGGCUAUACAUCAGGUGCUAAGCAAAGAUCUCAAAAAACAUGCAGCAGAACUGCAGGAGCAAGAAGGGCUGUCUAUUGAUGAAGAACCCAUAAUAAAUGUACCAUUUAUUCAUGCAAGAGUGUAUAACUAUGAUCCACUUACUCAACUUAAGAAUAUUCGAGCUAAUUGUUAUGGGAAGUACGUUGCUCUGCGUGGGACUGUUGUGCGUGUCAGUAACAUUAGGCCUAUCUGUACUAAGAUGGCAUUUACAUGCAGUGCUUGUGGGAGUACUCAGAGUUUUCCUCUGCCGGAUGGAAAAUAUACUCUCCCUACAAAGUGUCCUUUGCCUGAAUGCCAUGGACGAUCAUUCACUGCAGACAGAAGUUCUCCUUAUACUGUUACAGUGGACUGGCAGUCUAUUAAGAUUCAAGAGCUUAUGUCAGAUGAUCAUCGAGAAGCUGGUAGAAUUCCUCGCACAAUAGAGUGUGAAUUGGUUCAGGAUCUUGUAGACAGCUGUGUUCCAGGAGAUGUGAUUACCAUUGCAGGAAUUGUCAAGGUGUCAAACACUGAGGAAGGAGCAUCUAGAAAUAAAAAUGAUAAAUGUGUCUUCCUAUUAUAUAUCGAAGCAAACUCUGUCAGUAAUACUAAAGGCCAGAAAGUCAAGAAUGACGAAAAUGGAAUAAAUCAUCAAGCAUGCAUGGAGUUUUCGCUUAAAGAUCUUUAUGGUGUCCGGGAAAUUCAAGCUGAAGAGAACCUGUUCAAGUUGAUUAUCAACUCGCUUUGUCCUACUAUCUAUGGUCAUGAGAUUGUGAAAGCUGGUUUAGUGCUCACAUUAUUUGGAGGAUGUCAGAAGUAUGUGGAUGAUAAAAACAGGAUUCCUAUUCGAGGAGACCCACACCUUUUGGUGGUUGGAGAUCCAGGACUAGGGAAAAGUCAGAUGUUGCAAGCUGUGUGCAAUAUUGCGCCUCGUGGUGUCUAUGUUUGUGGCAAUGCGACUACAACAUCUGGCCUGACUGUAACUCUGUCUAGAGACAGUUCAUCUGGAGAUUUUUCAUUGGAAGCUGGUGCCCUCGUGCUUGGUGAUCUAGGUAUUUGUGGAAUAGAUGAAUUUGAUAAGAUGGGGAGCCAGCACCAAGCCCUGCUGGAAGCUAUGGAACAGCAAAGUAUCAGUCUUGCUAAGGCUGGUAUUGUUUGCAGUUUGCCAGCGAGGACAUCAAUUGUAGCUGCAGCAAAUCCAGUUGGGGGACACUAUAACAAGGCCAAAACAGUAUCUGAGAAUUUAAAAAUGGGAAGUGCUUUAUUGUCCCGAUUUGACUUGGUAUUCAUACUGCUGGAUAUACCAAACGAAGAUCACGACCACUUGCUUUCUGAACAUGUGAUGGCAAUGAGAGGUGGAAAACACACUGGAUGCAGCAGUGCUGUAGUGACUCGUGGGAAUUCUCAGAAUUCAAAUGUAUCUGUCCUUGAAGCUGUUUCAGACAAACCAUUGUCGGAAAGAUUAAAGGUCAUUCCAGGAGAAAACUUUGACCCAAUUCCACACCAACUGUUAAGGAAAUAUGUUGGCUAUGCUCGGCAGUAUGUACAUCCCAGAAUAUCUCCGGAAGCUGCUCAGGUCCUCCAGGAAUUUUAUCUUGAGCUCCGACAACACAGCCAAAGAGCAGAUAGUACACCUAUUACCACACGACAGCUAGAGUCAUUGAUCCGUCUUACUGAGGCACGGUCAAGAUUAGAAUUAAGAGAAAAAGCCACCAAAGAAGAUGCUGAAGAUGUAAUAGAAAUAAUGAAAUACAGCAUGUUAGGAACUUACUCUGAUGAGUUUGGGAAGUUGGAUUUUGAACGUUCUCAGCACGGUUCUGGAAUGAGCAACAGGUCACAAGCAAAGAGAUUUGUUUCUGCCCUUCAUAGUAUUGCAGAAAGAACAUACAACAACCUCUUUGAGCUUCAACAGCUUCGGCAGAUUGCAAAGGAAGUAAACAUAAAAUAUGAGAAUCCUUGGACGAUUCCUAACUUACUUUCAAUGGUACGGAUUGGACUGGCACCAGUUUUGGGCUACUUGAUUGUUGAAGAAGAUUUCAAUAUUGCAUUGGGUGUGUUUGCUCUGGCUGGCUUAACGGAUCUGUUGGAUGGCUUUAUUGCACGAAAUUGGGCCAACCAAAAAUCUGCUCUGGGGAGUGCCUUGGACCCUCUGGCUGAUAAAAUUCUUAUAAGUAUCCUGUACAUUAGCCUGACCUAUGCAAAUCUUAUUCCAGUUCCUCUUACAUCUCUGAUCAUUUUAAGGGACAUUGCAUUAAUUGCUGCUGUUUUUUAUGUUCGAUACAAAACUCUUCCUCCACCAAAAACACUUAGUAGAUAUUUCAAUCCAUGUUAUGCCACUGCUCAGUUAAAGCCAACAUUUAUCAGCAAGAUGAACACGGCAGUGCAGCUCAUUUUAGUGGCAGCUUCAUUAGCAGCUCCAGUUUUCAAGUAUGUGGACAGUGUGUAUCUUCAGACCUUAUGGUGCAUCACUGCUUUCACAACAACAACAUCUGCGUAUAGUUACUAUUAUUACGGCCGGAAAACAGUUCAGGUGCUGAACAACAAAUGAAGUCUUGCAGAGUGAUUACUCAACUCUUGGUCCAGCGCUGGCAUGGUAUAGUCCAUAUUUGGAUUAUGGAUAAAGAACUUUUCUUUUGAUAGCUUGCCUCAAUUAAACCAUGUCUUCACAGUGAAUUUAAAAUGAAGUUUUGAUUAUGUAAAUAUGCAGAAUUUUCAACGUAAUUUUUCAAUUUGUUACAAAUAAUUUUUUUUAACCUUAAUGUACUUAAACACAUGCAGAAGUCAUCACCUUAAUAUUGUAUGCUUUGGUCAUUGCUUUUCAGAAGUUUGCACUUAUUUUUAGUGUACUUGGGAUUUGAUGCAUGCACUACACCCUUUGAUGCAUCUGAAUUGGAAAAGAUACUAUGGAAUACUUGGCACAAGCAGAGCCCAAUUCAGUUUCAUUGUAUUUAGGGUGUAAUCCAGUCAUGGGAGCAAUUGUUGGCACAGCGUGUUGAUGUAACAUGGCAGGUAGUAAAAGCAUCCCGAUCCUUUGUUGCUAUGUGGUCCUGUUGAUGUGCCCUACAGUGUUGACAAGGCCAUUUAAAAUACAAUUCUUCCCAACAGCGUAAUCCUAGGAGUUGAUGUGCUAGCAUGAAAGCGUUUAAGGAAAGGAAUCCUUAAUUAUGCUAGCACAGGAUGAAUCUUGUCAUUAUGCUAACAUGCAGUCGUGCUGCGCUAGAAUGGUAGUGCAAAUGUUGAGAAUCAAAUUGCUGAUUGAACCCUAAGUAUUUGUGGUAAGAUAAAAUAUAAAGGUUCUCUUCAUAAAUUAGACAUAAUUGCUAAAUGUGUUUAAAUAAGGAAAAGGCUGAUAUAGUGGGUAAUAAAAUGAGCUAUGAAUUGGUACCUAUUUUGAAUCUUGGCUCGUGACAAGACUUCACUGAGUAGGAUCUUUCAGUCUCAGAUUUCUAUCUGAAGUAUAGGCUAAUACUGACUUUAUCUUACAAACUUGUAAGGCUUACACCAAAUACCUUUGAAGCAUUUUGAAUGCUAAGUGUUACUUAAAUGUGAAGUCUUGUUACCUACCUUAUCAAGAUUUAUGCUUAGUAGCACAAUCCUAUGCAUGUUUAGACAGGAACAGUCAUACAACUCCCACCAUUCCCUAGCCAGCCUUGCUGGCUGCAGAAUGCUGGAAGUUAUAGGAUGUUUUUCUAUCUAAACAUCAAGUUGUGCCCUAAGUUGUUUAAUGCAUCUAGUCCUUAUGAGUUUCUGACAUUUUUUUUACAUAAAAUUUAAAAAUAUCUAAUACACUAUUGUAUAAACUACUGUUAGUAGACAGGAAAAUGCUGAGAUUUUGGAUUAGUAAAAUUGAUGUAGGAAGUUGGAGAAUUUUUUGGAGAUGUUCAUACUAUAACACAAGAAAACUAUAAAAACAAAGCUAGUUAAGUCGAAACCAAAGAAAGCAUUUCUUACUACAGUCUGAUCGGCUUAUACAUUGUUGAGAAGUUCACUGAGAUUAAAGUCUUAAAGGGAUUUACAAAUUCAGCCUCAGUAACUAAUCAUUAGGGAAUACAAAACUCAUGCACAGGAUUUUGUUAAAACCUAGGAUUUUUCUAGAAGUUAAACACAGGCAAAUAUUCUAUCAUGUUAGUGCUUGGUCUGAAUCAUUAUGCCAGUUCUCUUAAUAGCAGAACUGUGCAACUUAUACAAGUCUUUUUCUUUUUUACAUUUCUUAUUUAAAAUUGCAUAAAUAGGGAUAAAAACAAAAGAUUUCAGAAGUGUAUGGAGGCACGUAGCAUGUUUUGCAUGUGGUAAGCAAGGUAUUAAGCUGUGCAGGGAUGAAUAAACUGAAACUGAACUUGAGCAUGUUGGAUUAUGCUGCUAUCUCACCAGAAGUGAAUUGAUUUACUGUGGAAACAAAGGCUGGUGCAAUGGAGGGAGCUGGGAUUGUAUCUAUGUAUAGGAACAAUUUUAGUACAUUUUAUAUAUUUGAACUUGUAUAGAGAGUGUACAUUGAAAAGAUCUUUGAUACUUUAUGCAACCUCAGGAUACUAUGGUUGAAUUGUGUUGCAGUAUAAAAAACAGGAUUCCCCCCCCUUUAAACUCCCUCCCCUAAAAAAUCUAAAAAGAGGAUUCUCCACUCUCCCACCCUAUUUACCAAGGCAAAAUAGAACGUGACAUACUGUAGAAGCUACUCAGGUACAUUCCUUCAACUGGAAUGUUGCAUCUCUGAUCAUUACUGAACCAUGAAUGAAUGUGCAGCAUUGUCCACAGUCUGUGCCUCUGCACUUUCAAAAUAAAUCGUUUCAAUGCCUUGA